CAUUGACAGAGGAGAAUUUAUCCAGUUCUGCAUUGAUAGACAGUUGUUCAAUCUACAACACUUGCACUGCAACUUCUUGCAUUGGUCUGACCUUGCAUAUGUGUUUACCUGUAGUGUUUACUGACUCCUCAUACAUCAACGUGAGACUCCAUCAAACUUGAGGAGACUGAACAAAUGCCUCCACAGCCUUGGCUUCAAGAUGGUGGUGCUUGCCUCCAUCACUUGAGACUCAAGAUUGAGGUCGCGGAAGUCAUAGGGCCAGUUUCUCAGGCACCCCACGGCCAGCCUCACCGGCCACUGCUGUAGUGGCCCUGGAGCCUGCCGCUGCUAGAAUAAAAUGGAAAUAUUGAGGAAAAAAAUUAAUCGAGGAACCAAAGGAUAUGAAGAGAAGAGAUUCUUUAACUGCCUUUCCACCAAUGCUAGGAGCUUGGAUAACAAACAAUUCACUUACUUUUGUAGAAGUCCUGCAGGCUGCUUUCUCUGUGCUUAUUUCGGUAAACUGCCAAACAUUGAAGUUUAAUAACCUCCAACUGCAAAUCUAGUGGCACUUCCUCUGGAUCCACAGAAAAGGGAUCUUCAGUCAGCUUCAAUUGGAUGCCAUCUUCUUUAGACAAAGAGAGUAUUAACUACAGUUUCAGACCUUGAUUUGGAAAGAUCAUAAUUAGCACAUUCAUUAAGGUGUGACUUCUGUUCCCUUUAAAAGGGAGAUUUGACUUGGAUCCUGUGAUACAGUUUUAGAGGUGUCCGGACUCUCUAAUGGAUGAGGAUUACCAGUAGAAGAGGAAGAGACACAGUUUAAGUGCAUGUGGGAGAUUCUGGACCUAGGUACUUCAUGCUUUUUGAUGCUAGCUGGGAGGGAACCUGAUAACACUUAUGCCAAUCUUGAUUAAAAAAGCAGAUCUCUUGUGCACAUCUUUGGCUGAAUGAGAAGAAGAGUGAUAUUUGCUUCUGAGAACUCGAAAUAAAUGUAAAAUGUCUGGAAAACCAAAUAUUAGGAGGGAUUCUGGAUUCACACUUCAAGACUGGCAAUCUUGUAUGCAGAGCACAAACGUGAAUAUGGCUUGACUAAUUCUUGGUCUGCGCAAAUAUUGCUAAUGAGUCUUCAGUGGACUGUAUUAAGAUUGGGGGUUCUACUCUAGCACUGAGGAGCAGAACCCACAACAGCUUGAAAUCAGUGGAAAUAUUUCUCAGCAGUCAGACUCAUCAAAGCAGCAAUACAAAAUGAAUGGAUAUUCUGAACUUGCAAACAACCAUAGCCAAAUGAUUGCUGAGGAGACUGAUGGUCAAACCAAGCCUGAACGACAUCCAGAUACUCUUCAGGAGGACAUUGAGAUGAGCAGUGGCUCAAGCGGUAAUGACUUCAGUGGAAAUGAUAUGAAUGAAAAUUACUCUACUGGCCAUGAUUCUCAUGGCAAUGAAUCUGAUGAAAAUGGGAAAGAUACAGCAAUGCUCAUGGAGUCUUUAGAUUGUCAUAAAAGCUCGAAUGCAUUUAGCCUGAUGAUUGCAGACUCUGAACAUAAUCCAUCUACCAGUGGAUGCAGCAGUGAGCAAUCCACUAAAGCCAAAACACAGAAGGAAUUGCGGAAAACAUUGCAGGAGCUGAAAGCACGCCUUCCUCCUGAAAAAAGACUCAAAGGAAAAUCUAGUGUGCUGGCAACAUUGAAAUAUGCACUUAAAAGCAUUAAACAAGUUAAAGCCAAUGAAGAAUAUUACCAGUUACUGAUGAUUAACGAAAGCCAUCCUUCUGGUCUUGAUGUGUCGUCCUAUACGGUGGAGGAAGUUGAGAACAUUACUUCAGAAUACAUCAUGAAAAAUGCAGACAUGUUUGCUGUAGCUGUUUCCCUGAUUACUGGGAAAAUCUUGUACAUCUCUGAUCAAGCUGCCUCUAUUCUCCGCUGUAAAAGGGAUUUCUUUAAAAAUGCCAAAUUUGUGGAGUUCUUGGCACCUCAGGAUGUCAGUGUUUUCUACAGCUCUACUACCCCUUACAGAUUGCCAUCAUGGAGUAUUUGUAAUGGAGUUGAGUCUUCCACACAAGACUGUAUGGAGGAGAAAUCAUUCUUCUGUCGCAUCAGUGCAGGAAAAGAACAUGAAUAUAUCUUCUACCACCCAUUUCGUAUGACUCCUUACCUUAUCAAAAUACAAGAUACUGAGAAUGCAGAAGAUCAGCUUUGCUGUGUGUUGCUUGCAGAAAAGGUGCACUCUGGCUAUGAAGCACCCAGAAUUCCUCCUGACAAGAGAAUUUUUACAACUACGCACACACCAAGUUGUUUGUUCCAGGAUAUAGAUGAAAGAGCUGUACCUCUUUUGGGAUACCUACCUCAGGACUUAAUAGGAACCCCUGUUUUAUUGCAUCUUCACCCAAGUGACAGACCUCUAAUGCUAGCAGUUCACAAAAAAAUACUUCAAUAUGGUGGACAGCCUUUUGACUAUUCACCAAUCAGGUUUUGCACUAGAAAUGGGGAAUACAUAACUAUGGACACCAGCUGGUCUAGUUUCAUUAAUCCUUGGAGCCGAAAAGUCUCAUUUAUAAUCGGAAGACACAAAGUUAGGACUGGUCCCUUAAAUGAAGAUGUAUUUGCUGCUCCCAACUACACAGAAGAUAAAAACCUUCAUCCUAGCAUUCAGGAAAUCACAGAACAAAUAUACCGGCUGUUGUUACAGCCUGUACACAACAGUGGAUCUAGUGGCUAUGGAAGCUUGGGGAGCAAUGGAUCACAUGAGCAUUUAAUGAGUAUAGCAUCAUCCAGUGACAGCAAUGGGAACAACAAUGAAGAGACGCUAAAGGACAAGCAUGUGACAUGUCAAGAUGUGCAUAUGGCCAGAAAUGAAGGACAACAUGUUUUCACUGAUAGAAGAGUGAAGCUGGAACAUAAGAAAAAGUCUUUUGGAGAAAAAACAAAUUGUUCGAGUGUUCGGAUGGAAGAUAUAACUGAAAAGGAUACUGUAGCCAUUGCUGCUCAUAAGAAUGUGGUUACAGAGGAACUGGCUUGGAAGGAACAGCCUGUGUAUUCCUAUCAACAGAUUAGUUGUUUAGACAGUGUCAUCAGGUACUUGGAGAGUUGCAGCAUACCUGUCACAGUAAAGAGAAAAUGUGAACCUUCGUCAAACAAUGCUGCUUCACUGAGUUCUGAUGAUCACAAGCGAAAAACAGCUGAUAAUACCAUAAAGCCAUCAGGAGAAGAAAGAGUGCUGUUGAAAACUCAUAUAGACCCUGCUGUGUUGAAGACAUCUGAUAAAUCAAAUGGUCCUCCGGUAGUUGGUGCUCACUUAACCUCUUUGGCUUUACUUGGGAAACCAGAAAGUGUUGUAUCCUUCACCAGUCAGUGCAGCUACAGUAGCACCAUAGUUCAUGUUGGGGACAAAAAACCACAACCUGAAUUAGAAAUGAUAGAAGAUGGUCCUAGUGGAACAGAACUCUUAGAUAGUCAACUUCUUGUCCCUCCAUCCAGCGCUAUACAUGCAAACCAGGAAAAAGAGCCAUUUAAGAAGCUGGGACUUACAAAGGAAAUCCUUGCAGUGCAUACACAAAAAGAAGAGCAGAGCUUUUUGAAUAAAUUCAAAGAAAUCAAAAGAUUCAAGAUUUUUCAAUCCCGCUGCAAUUACUACUUACGAGAUAGACCCAAAGGACAUCAUGGUGAACGUGGUGCUCGUGGGCAAAGAAAUGGUACUUCUGGAGUAGAUCAGUCCUGGAGGAAAAGUGGAAAGAACAGGAAAUCAAAACUAAAACGAAUUAAACCACAGGAAUCCUCGGACAGUACAACUUCUGGACCCAAUCCCCCUCAUCAAUUUCCUCUGCAAGGCCUAAAUAGUACAGCUUGGUCACCAUCAGAUACUUCUCAAGCUAGCCAUUCAGCCAUGUCUUUCCCUGCUGUUAUGCCUGCAUAUCCACUUCCGGUUUUUUCAGCAGCAGGAACUGUGCCACCAGGUCCUGAGGCUUGCCUUUCUGGUUUCAGUGAUUUACCAGAUUCUGGAAAUAAUUGUCCUAUGCAGCCAUCACAGUUCUCUGCACCUCUUGUAACACCAGUGGUAGCACUUGUGCUCCCCAACUACAUGUACCCUCAAAUGAACAAUAAUUUACCCCAGACACUUUACAACGGCCAGCCUAACUUUUCUGCUGAUCCUACUUUCUCUUCACAGUCAGUGUUUUCAGCACAGCCGCCAUUAGCUGUCCCAAAUCCUUUCCCUCAAGAGACAUUCUUUCCAACACAACCAUUCCAUUAUAAUACACCAGCAGAAAGUGAAAAGACUCCUGCCAUGGAAUCACGAAAUGAUCCAUCCCGUUCCUCCACGCCACAGUCUCUUGGUCCUCAAGAUCAGGCCUCACCACCUUUGUUCCAGUCCAGGUGCAGUUCUCCUCUACAGCUAAACCUUCUGCAAUUAGAAGAAACCCCCAAAAGUGCUGAAAGUGGAGCUGCUGCUGGUUUACAUGGAGCUUUAAUUGAAGGAGGAGCCACAGGCAAACCCAUAACUGAUGACAGCAGCAGAAAAGGAUCCUCUCCUAUUGAUUCUCCAAUGGAAGCUCAAAAUAGUGAUGCUCUCUCGAUGUCCAGUGAUUUACUUGAUGUUUUACUUCAAGAGGAUACAUAUUCAGGCACUGGCUCAGCUUCAUCAGGAAGUGGUGUAUCAGCAACUGCUGAGUCGUUGGGAUCUGGAUCCAACGGCUGUGGCAUGUCAGGGAGCAGAACAGGCAGUAGUGAGACAAGUCAUACCAGCAAAUAUUUUGGAAGCAUCGACUCCUCAGAAAAUAAUCAUAAUACAAAAAAGAACACUGAAAUGGAAAAUAGUGAACAUUUCAUUAAAUAUGUCCUUCAGGAUCCUAUCUGGUUACUGAUGGCAAAUACAGAUGACGCUGUUAUGAUGACUUACCAGAUACCAUCCCGAAAUGUGGAAAUGGUUUUAAAAGAGGACAAACAAAAACUAAAGCAAAUGCAGAAAUUCCAGCCAAAGUUUACAGAAGAACAAAAAAGAGAGCUUAUUGAAGUUCAUCCAUGGAUCCAGAAGGGUAGAUUUCCAAAAGCAGUUGCUAAUUCAGAGUGUAUUUACUGUGAGGUCAACACACGAAGCCGCUUUGAUACACCAUAUAAUGAAGAAAUCCAUGAAAUGGAACUUAAUGAAAUGAUUGAAGCCAGUGAAGAAAACAUCUUGGCUACCCUGAGUCAAAUCAGUGAAGAACAAACCUAAUAUUUGGCACUAUUUAAAAAAAGCAGCUGCUUUAAAUUACAGUGAUGCAUCAACAUGUCUUAAAGGUUUUAAAACUUCUUUCUAGUUAAAUGAAUCUGGUUUAUAAAACAAAUGGAUUUUUUGUUCUAGAAAAAGGUCAUUUGUGAAUGAAUCUCUUUGAAUGGGUCAAUCCCUUAUCUCUCCAGUACAUUGUUGGAAACAAAAAUCUUUUAUUUAAAAACAAACAAAAAAAAGGAUUAGACUCUCACUUAAAUGCCUAAAACUUUUCUAUAAAUUGUAGAAGCUUUCAUGAAAGCCUGUAGAUCUGGUAAUCAGGUUAAUUAAUGCUGCAAAAUACAUAGUUUAGUUAUGUUUUCUUCAGAUAUCCACAAAUUGAAUUUACAUUUUGGAAUCACUGUUAAUUACUGAAUUAGUCCACUAUAUUGAAGAAAAAUGUUGAUACUCUGUGGGUAUUUUGAUUCACAAUUCCUAUCCUUUCUUCAAUUAGUUGAUCCCAUCUUCUUUGUUCCCUUUCAUGUCAUUUAAAUGCUGGAAAUAUUUUAAUAGCAUAUUACCAAUGUCAAUAUCUAGUCUUAAAAUUUUUAGGUCACAGAUUAAAAUUGUGAAUGUAUGGGAGAACAUAAAGGAGUGCCAUGAACUUUGUAGUGUUUUAUUUUCAUGAGCAUUGAAACGUUAUGAACUAUUCAUUACACUGAAAUCUUAGUUCUGAGAAUUUGUAUCUAGUAUAUGUUCAAAAACUUGAACCGCAGAAAAGAACACUGCCUAUCUACCACUGCCUGUUUGUUAAACUUGGUUUAAGUUUGUGUACCCUUCUUUCUAGUUCGUUCCUUCGUUAAGUUGGCCACCAGUCUUUCAAUUCUGGCUAAAUAAACAUUAAACAUACAUGUGUUUAGAGAGUUCUCUCAACUUCAAGAUAGUUGUUAUACACAGAAAAGGAUUUUAGAACAGUACUCAUUUCAUUAUAUUUGGUUACUGAGUGAUCUUUAGCUAUGUGGGUAGAAUCCUUUGCUGUCAGGAAGUUUACUUGUAGUACCUCUGGAAUUAUAUGGAUCUGGAUAUUUGUGCAUUAGAUGCAGAAGCUGUUCUUUUAUACUGCUUGGUAAUGAGAAGAGGACAAAAAAGGGUGGAUUUGCCAAUGAGUAUUGAGAUAAAGAACACUUAAGCUUAGAAUACUUCUGGAUGGCAGUACUGAGUCUGAAGAUGUAUAAAGAGGUUCAGCUGCAAUCAAAACAUUAGUUUUAAUGUAUCUUCACUUAAUGUGUUGACAGUUACUACAACCGUAUUUCUGGUGUUUUUCAUCUUCAUAGCUUGAAGGCAGAAUUUAUGAAUCUCAUAGAAUCACAACUUACUAGUGACCAUUUCACUUUAAUGUUGUAUGAAACACUCACCAGCACGAUCUCAUACUCCCAUUGUUUUUGGGAAAGAAGAUCAAACUUUAAAUCUGUGUAAAUAUUAAACAGGAAACCCAGUUUAAUCUUUCAGUGUUUAUAAAGUCCGAUGUACUAGAUGUUUUGUGCAGAAAUUAAGCCGUGCAGAUAUACCAGCAUAUUGCGCAUAUUCCAUUAUUACAUGCAAAAAUAUAUUAUUUUAAUUGGACCAGAGUGAUUGAGAAAUAAAGCUUUAAGAGUGCAAUCUCUUUAAGAGUACAAACAACUUUCAGGGACUUCUCAACCACUUUGUAAUUUUUUUUCACCAUUAGCAUGCUUUUCUGGUUAAUUUUUUUUAACAAACGUCUUGUAACUUAGUGAAAGGGAGGGAAAAGGUGUAUUUAGAGCAUUUUGUAGAUGUGUUUACACAACAACUUACCCUUGUGUUUUUUAAAGUGUGUGCAUUUACAGGGUAGUAGUAAAAUAUUUUCCUGUAACUUUGAAAUUACAAAUCUCCACUUUUAGAUAGGUUGGGAAAAAUUAUAACUUAUGUUGUAAUAUGAUUUGUGACAUAACCUUUUGUCAGCAGUGUUUUCUGUACACAGUGCAAUAUCUUUUGGUUUUGUCACUUGUGACUAAUUUUUAUGACUUUUUGCUUUUUAGAAAACUGGUAAAUAAAACAGAUAUAUUUUUAA